GCGCUGCCGGAAGACGGACGCUGCUGUUUGCGGCUCCGCUGCCCCUGAGCAGAGCCUGGGAAGCCCCGUUCGGUCUUUUUCCGGUGCCGCCGCCGCGGGAGGGAGGAAUCAUGCCGGCCAAGGGCCCCCUGCAGAGCGUCCAGGUCUUCGGGCGGAAGAAAACAGCAACUGCUGUUGCCCACUGCAAGAGAGGAAAUGGCCUUAUUAAAGUAAAUGGAAGACCUCUGGAAAUGAUUGAGCCCAGAACUCUGCAGUAUAAACUGCUUGAACCUGUCCUCCUCCUGGGGAAGGAAAGAUUUGCUGGUGUUGACAUCAGAGUCCGUGUGAAGGGUGGUGGCCACGUAGCACAAAUUUAUGCUAUCCGUCAAGCUAUUUCCAAAGCACUGGUGGCUUACUAUCAAAAAUAUGUUGAUGAAGCCUCCAAGAAAGAGAUCAAGGAUAUUCUGAUCCAAUACGAUAGGACUCUGCUGGUUGCAGAUCCCCGCCGUUGUGAAUCCAAGAAGUUUGGAGGACCUGGUGCUCGUGCACGCUACCAGAAGUCUUACCGUUAAAAUUGUUCUACAGUUAUGUGGCAAUAAACGUAAAGAGAAUUUGAUACA